CUAUCAUGUAUUCUGGAAAGUGGAAUGGAAUGGGCAGAAGCAUGAAUGAACUCACCAUGUCUCAGGUCUGGACUCAGACUGGCCUGAUGAGAUUGUGGGCUGUGUGAGGUAUGAUGGAGCCUCAUUAUUGGACAGCUUUUUUUUAAUACAGGUAAACUGCAGGUCAAAUCAUGUCCCCUGGGACACACAAAAAACCCACACAGCAAAACCUCCCACCUCAGCAAAAAGUGAGGCUUUUUGUCUCAUCCUCCGACGGAAUCCUGGUAAAGACCAGUACAGAGUCCUAGACUAGUGCCAUUCAGCUAAUCCCUGUAUCUGACACCAGUCUGCUUGCUCACCUCCAGCGAUGGGAUACCCACCAACUCCCACAGAAGCCCAUUUCACCUGACCAGACCCCCACCACCGACCCAUCAUUAAGCCAUAAGAUCUAAUUGGCAUAUUGUUUAAUGGGAACAGAGUUUCAGUUUGGGGUGAUGAAAACGUUCUGGAGAUGGAUGGUGGUGACGGUUGCCCAAGAAUGUGAAUGUACUUAGUGCCACUGAAAGGUACACUUAAAAAUGGUUAAAAUGGCCUUUCUGCCCGUGGACACCGCCGAGUAAGCAUCGUUGACGUCUCCCCCCCCCACCCCGCCUCCACUACCGUCAUGUCUAAGUCAGAGUCACCCAAAGAGCCCAAACAGCUGAGGAAUCUCUUCAUCGGAGGUCUGAGCUUUGAAACAACCGAUGACAGUCUGAGGAGCCAUUGUGAGCAGUGGGGAGUGCUCAUAGACUGUGUGGUGAUGAGGGAUCCAGACACCAGGCGCUCCAGAGGCUUCAGGGUUGUCACAUACGCCACUGUGGAGGAGGUGGAUGCGGCCAUGAAUGCAAGGCCACACAAGGUGGAUGGAAGAGUUGUGGAACCGGAGAGGGCCGUCUCAAGAGAAGAUUCUCAAAGACCUGGUGCCCACUCAACUGUGAAAAAGAUUUUUAUUGGUGGCAUUAAAGAAGGUGCUGAAGAACGUCACCUAAGAGAUUAUUUUGAACAGUGUGGGAAAAUUGAACUGACUGAAAUCGUGACUGAUCGAGGCAGUGGCAAAAAGAGAGGCUUUGCCUUCGUAACCUUUGAUGACCAUGACUCUGUAGACAAGAUUGUCAUUCAGAAAUACCACACUGUGUAUGGCCACAACUGUGAAGUAAGGAAAGCCCCAUCUAAGCAAGAGAUGGCUAGUGCCUCAUCCAGCCAAAGAGGUCGAAGUGGUUCUGGAAACUUUGGUGGUGGUCGUGGAGGAAACCUCAGCGGUCGAGGUGCCUUUGGUGGCAGCCGUGGUGGCGGGGGAUACGGUGGCAGUGGAAAUGGCUAUAAUGGAUUUGGUAACGGUGGAAGCCAUUUUGGAGGUGGUGGAAGCUACAAUGAUUUUGGCAGUUACAACAAUCAAUCUUCAAAUUUUGGACCCAUGAAAGGAGGAGACUUUGGAGGCAGAAGUUCUGGCCCCUAUGGUGGUGGAGGCCAAACCCCAAAACCAAGGUGGCUACGGUGGUUCCAGUAGCAGCAGGAGCUACGGCAGUGGCAGGAGGUUUUGAUGACUGCCAGGAAACAAAGGUCAGCAGGAGAGGAGAGCCAGAGCAGUGACAGGGAAGCUACAGGUUACAACAGAUCUGUGAACUCAGCCAAGCACAGCGCUGGCAGGGCCUAGCUGCUACAAAGAAGACGUGUUUUGGACAAUACUCGUGUAUGGGCAAAAAAACUCGAGGACUGUAUUUGUGACUAAUUGUAUAACAGUUUAUUUUAGUUUCUGUUCUGUGGAAAGCGUAAAGCAUUCCAACAAAGGGUUUUAAUGUCGAAUUUUUUUUUUUGCACCCAUGCUGUUGAUUGCUAAACGUAAUAGUCUGAUCGUGACGCUGAAUAAA